ACUGGCUAAUCUUCAUCUGCUUCUCUUGUUGUAUGGACUCCUUUCUUGACUCUCAUCUUUCUGAGGUUUGACCGAGACUAAAACAACUUUAUUGCUUGUGUUCAUCUUUAGAUUAGAUUUGCCCUGUGUCGGUGCUCAUUCACUAUUUCUUCCACACAUUUUAGCUGCUGGCUCCCAUUCCAGGGCACAUGUUCGGAUGAUCCUUCCUCUGACGAGCUCCAGACACCUCAGCUCACAGCUCACCUGGAUCUUCUGCUCACCUGUCGUGCCAUUUGACCCACAGAGAUUUGCCUCAGAGGAUCAUGGCAGAUUACCUUGACCUUCUCUUAGGAGUGGUGCUCGUGGCCAGUCCUGCAUUUGGAAUUUCUCCUUGCUCCUUUGAUGGUCGGAUAGCCUUGUUUCGUUUCUGCAACCUCACCCAGAUUCCUCAGGUCCUCAACACCACAGAGAACCUCCUGCUAAGCUUCAACUAUAUCAGCACAGUCACCGCCUCAUCAUUUCCCUUCCUGGAGCAGCUCCAGCUGCUAGAGCUCGGGACCCAGUAUACUCCCUUGAUGAUUGGCAAAGAGGCCUUCAGAAACCUGCCCAAUCUUAGGAUUUUGGACCUGGGCCAAAAUCAGAUCAAUGUCUUACAUCCAGAUGCUUUUCAAGGACUAUCCAAUCUCUUUGAACUUAGACUGUUUUCCUGUGGUCUCUCCAAUGCUAUAUUAAGAGGUGGUUAUUUCAAAAAUUUAAGUUCUUUAACUCGCUUGGACCUAUCCUUUAAUCAGAUUCAUAGCCUUUACCUUCAUUCUUCGUUUCGGGAAUUGAAUUCCUUAAAAUCCAUAGAUUUUGCUCUCAACAAAAUAUUCACCAUAUGUGAAGAUGAGCUCAAGCCCCUCCAAGGGAAAAUGUUCUCUCUUUUCAAUCUCAAAGCUAAUAAUCUGUACAGCAGAGUCUCUGUGGACUGGGAGAAAUGCAAGAACCCCUUCAGAAAUAUGCAGCUGGACACCCUUGAUGUUUCUGGCAAUGGCUGGACAGUGGCCAUCACAGAAAACUUUAGCAAUGCCAUCUGGGGGAGCCAGAUUUCCUCUUUGAUUCUGGCCCACCACACCAUGGGUUCUGACUUUGGAUUCCGUAAUAUCAAAGAUCCUGACCAGAACACAUUUGCUGGUCUGAACAGAAGCUCGGUAAUACAGCUGGAUCUCUCACAUGGGUUUAUCUUCUCCUUGAACUCCGAAGUCUUUAAGAUGCUUAAGGACUUAAAGAUUCUGAAUCUCUCCUACAACAAGAUAAACACAAUUGCAGAUAGAGCAUUUUAUGGACUUGACAGCCUCCAGAUUCUCAAUAUAUCAUAUAACCUUUUGGGGGAACUUCAUAAUUCCAAUUUCCAUGGGCUACCUAGCAUAGCCUACAUUGACCUUCAAAAGAAUCACAUUGGGAUAAUUCAGAAAGAAACAUUCAUCUUCCUGAAAAAAUUACAGACCUUGGAUCUCCGGGACAAUGCUAUUACAACCAUUAAUUUUAUUCCAAGCCUAGCUACUAUCUUCCUGGGUGGCAAUAAACUGGUGACUUUGUCUGACAUCCACUUUACAGCCGACUUCAUCCAUUUAUCAGAAAACAGGCUAGAAAGUCUGGCUUAUCUCUACUCUCUCCUCCAGAUACCUCAUCUCCGAAUUCUUAUUUUAAAUCAAAAUCGCCUUUCCUUUUGUAACCCAAGCCUUACCCCUUCAGAAAAUCUCAGUUUAGAACAACUGUUCCUUGGAGAAAAUAUGUUGCAACUUGCUUGGGAAACAGGAUUCUGUUGGGAUGUUUUUAAGGGGCUUUCCCAUCUCCAAAUUCUGUAUCUGAAUAAUAACUACCUUAAUUUCCUUCCACCUGGAGUAUUUAACAACCUGAAUGCAUUAAGAGGACUCAGCCUCAACUCCAACAGGCUGACAGCUCUUUCUCCUGGCAUUUUACCUCCUAAUUUAGAGAUCCUAGAUAUAUCCAGAAACCAGCUCUUAUCUCCUGAUCCUAGUUCAUUUGUAUCACUUAGUGUCUUGGACGUAACUCACAACAAGUUCAUCUGUGAGUGUGAACUUAGCACUUUUAUCAGUUGGCUCAACCAAACCAAUGUUACUAUAUUUGGCUCUCCUACAGACAUAUACUGCAUGUACCCAGAUUCAUUCAUAGGGGUUUCUCUCUACUCUGUUUCCACAGAGGACUGCAAUGAAGAGAAAGUCUUAAAGUCCCUAAGGUUUUCUCUUUUCAUCUUGUUCACUGUAACUUUGACUCUACUCCUCAUGACCACCCUCAUAGUCACAAAGUUCAGGGGAGUUUGCUUCACCUGUUAUAAUACAACCUGGAGACUGGUGUUCAAAGACCAUGCUCAGGGAUCAGAAUCUGAUACAUACAAAUAUGAUGCCUAUUUUUGUUUCAGUAGUAAAGACUUUGAAUGGGUACAGAAUUCUUUCCUUAAACACCUGGACACUCAGUACAGUGACCAAAACAGACUCAACCUAUGCUUUGAAGAAAGAGACUUUGUCCCAGGAGAAAACCACAUAGCCAACAUCCAGGCUGCUGUCUGGAGCAGCAGAAAGACUGUUUGUCUUGUAAGCAGACAUUUCCUUAGGGAUGGGUGGUGCCUGGAAGCUUUCAGUUAUGCCCAGAGCAGGUGUUUAUCUGACCUCAACAGUGUCCUCAUCAUGGUGGUGGUCGGAUCCCUGUCCCAGUUCCAGCUGAUGAAACAUCAGAGUAUCAGAGGAUUCGUACAGAAGCACCAAUACUUGAGGUGGCCUGAGGACCUCCAGGAUAUUGGCUGGUUUCUUGAUAAACUCGCUCAACGCAUACUAAAGAGAGAAAAAGCAAAGAAGGAUGACAGUCACAUUCAGUUGCAAACUAUAACAACUAUUUCCUAAUCAAUGGAAUAGUUUGUAACUGAUCUUGAGCCACAAAUAACACUCCACUUGUAUGUGCCUAAAGUUACCACGUGGGGUCCUUUCUGGACAUCCUUUUCUUACAUGUCAACACAGUGUUUUGUCUCACUGACCUCCAAAUAGAAAAUAAUAGAUCUAGAAAAUUGAAACUGUCUCCAAAGGUUCCCACUGGUCAUUGAUUUCCUUUCAGACCAAAUGGUACUGUUCUCUCCUGUUAUAUCAAGUGUUGAAUGUCUCCUGGUCAUGUCAAGAGCACUUGGGAGAAGUUAAAGAUGGUUUCAUGCUUUCCAUAGUGUUCAGUUCAAGAAUGGGAUGGUCAAUGAUUCUAAGUUCUCUGUGUUCUGCAAAAACAAUGAUAAGUAGAAAAUAAACAGAAUAUAAGACACAUUUCCUUCUUUGGCCAUAAGAACAAGGCCAGUACUGGGCGCCUGUCACACUGCAUCUUAGGGAUAAGAGAUAGCCCCAAAGAAGCUGGGUGGGAAUGACUACAUCUCU